CUGACGCUUCGAAAUGUUUUUUUCCCAGAAGGUAACCAAGACAUUGAAUUUUGUGCUAUGAGAUCUUAACUCUCGUCUAUUCAACUGGCUAGAAUAGGAUGCCCGUCUCAUAUGGCGCGAAAGUAAGCUCCUGAGUAAUUAUGCAGAACUGUAGUGUUUAACCAACUUUGACAUGAAGGUUGCUUUAUUCACUGUAAUAUACUACAAACAAACAAAAAUUUAAAAAUGUCGAUACCAACAACGCAAAAUGUUGCAUUGGCCAGGAAGCAAUCAGACUCGCCUGAUGGCAUUGAAUAUGCGGAAGUGGAUACACCACAAAUCACCGAUCCACACGAUAUGAUCAUCAAGAACAAGUAUGCUGGCGUCAAUUUUAUUGAUGCCUACUUCCGCAAAGGCAUCUAUCCCACAGAAUUUCCACAUAUCUUUGGAAAGGAGGCCUCGGGUGUAAUUGUUGCUGUUGGCGAGGCAGUCACAUCGUAUAAAGUUGGGGAUAAAGUGGCUUACAUGGCAGCUAAAUCGUUUGCACAAUAUACAAAGGUUUCUGACGAUGCAGUGCAGAUCAAGAAGCUCCCAGAUGACUCUACGGACGAAGAUUUGAAGAAAUGGGCGGCCGUAUUACUCCAAGGGUUGACGGCAAUUACUCUCUCAAUUGAGUCGUACAAGGUUGAAAAGGGCGAUUUCAUUUUGGUUUGGGCUGCUGCAGGUGGAGUGGGCCAAAUCCUCACCAAGCUCACUUCUUCUCUUGGGGCAAGGGUGAUUGCAAUUGCUUCCACGGAUGACAAAUUGCGGACCGCGAAGGCAAAAGGUGCUGAAUUUUUAAUCAAAGUCGACGAAAACAUCCCUGCGAGAGUUGCGGAAAUUACAAAUGGUCAGGGAGUACGUGCUUCGUUUGAUAGCGUGGGAAAGGACUCUUUCGAGGAUUCCUUUGCAUCUGUGGGCAGAAAGGGUACUUUGGUCAGUUAUGGAAAUGCCAGUGGUGUCGUUCCUCCCUUCAGUAUAAACAGAUUGAGUUCUAAAAACAUGAAAAUCACCAGGUCAGUAUUGUUCAAUUCGGUCCAAACAAAAGAGGAAUGGGUGUAUUACACAGACAUCCUAGAGGAUGCUUUGAGAAGAGACACCGUGGAUGUGACAAUCUACAAAACUUACCCAUUGUCUGAGUAUUCUCAGGCGAUGAAAGACUUGGAGGGUCGAAAGACGUCUGGAAAAUUAGUUCUUGAGAUUUCGUAAUUUCUAAAUAGUGUUUAAUUACUGGUGCCCAU